AACACCCUUCGAAAUACAAAGGGAGUGAAGUGCCUAGAGUUUUUUGUAACUAUCUACAUAUCCGAGAAUGAAGAUUCUUUGCGUGCUCAUCGUGGCCUGUGCUUUGUGGGAGGCGAAUGGAUAUCCGUAUCCCUAUUAUGGAAGUAAUGCGGAUUCAAUUUCCUACGGAUCGACCGAUAUCAAUCGCGGUGGUGUUGCGCUGAGCCGUUACUACAACCCGUACUACAACCCACGUGCCUACGGGGGAGGAAUGGCUGCCUUCAUGUUCAAACCCGAGGAGCGGUACCAGCCUCAGACAAGCCAAUACUACCUCCCUGACAGACGCCGCCAAACGCAACCAGAAUCCAACUAUCCCCAACAAAACGAGGUGUACUACCCCCAACUACCUGAACAAUCCGAACGAUUGCCUGAACAGCCCGUGAUACAAGAAAACCCGAUAGCUAUACCAGAACUACCAACAAUCACCGAAGCAACCGAGCAUGAAAAAUCUGAACUGGGAACUACUACGUUGAAAUCGGUCGUCCCAGAACUAACGGAACCAGAAUCCGAGGAAAUACCCAAGCCUGCACCAAAGAAACGCGUGACCAAGAAGAAGCAAGUUAAAAGACCUGUAGAGGAAGAAGAAGAUGAAGGUGAGGACUAUCCUAAGAUGCCAACUGGAGCGUAUUUCCCAAUGUUCUUCGGCUUGGGCGGUAGGUCCAGUAAUGGCGGCGCACCAGGUGGUGCAACCGCUAUAGCCAAUGCCUUCAGCACUGGACGCGGAGGUGUCGCCACGAGUCACGCUACUGCUUAUGGAUUACCAAGAUCUGAAAGUAAAAGAUUGUAAUGUUAUUAGAUUACAUAAAGGUAUACUUUAAGAAGCCUAUAUAUGUCUGUCUGCCUAUAAAAAUCUGCUUCCAGAUGUUAGUGUCAUACUCAAAAAAAUCCAUAGACUAUGGAUUUUAGUCUAUGGACUUAAAAUUUUUACACAACACUUUUUACAUUUUUUAAACGUAAAAGUAAAAGUCUUGUACGAAAACAAAAGGUUCUAACUACUGACGUUCUAAGAGCGUUAGUUUCCCAUUAAUUAAAGUCAGACUGGCAUUAGAAUAAUAGAUUCAUAUGCCAUCUAGCGCUUAAACCUUAAACUAAGACAGAAUUUUCCAUUCAAACCGUUUCGCCUAGCAAUAGUUUGAGUUGACUGAUGUUGCCAUAUUUUAGUUCAGUUUAGUCCUUACAGAGGGCGUCUCCAUUGAUUGUU